AUGUCCAGACCAGAGGAGAUCGCACCCCCUGAGGUGUUCUACAACGAUUCAGAAUCGUUCAAAUAUACUUCCUCGACACGUGUGCAGCAUAUCCAGGCCAAAAUGACCCUUCGAGCUUUGGAACUCUUGAACCUCGAGAAGGAUGAACCUCACUUCCUUCUUGAUGUGGGAUGCGGUUCUGGACUCUCUGGAGAGAUCUUGACGGAAGAAGGCUACAACUGGAUCGGUAUGGAUAUUGCACCUAGUAUGUUGGCAUCUGCAUUGGACAGAGAGGUAGAAGGAGACUUGUUCUUGGGAGAUAUUGGUAAUGGAAUCCCCUUCAGAGCAGGUACUUUUGACGCAGCUAUUUCCAUUUCGGUGAUCCAGUGGUUGUGUAACGCUGAUUCGGCUGGUGUGGACCCCAAGAAGAGACUUAUGAGGUUCUUCAACAGUCUAUAUGCUUCCAUGAAGAGAGGAGGCAAGUUUGUUGCACAGUUCUAUCCUAUGAAUGAUGAUCAAACACAGGCGAUCUUGGGUGCUGCCAAAGUGGCCGGAUUUGCGGGAGGUUUGAUCAUCGACGACCCUGAAUCGAAAAGAAACAAGAAGUUUUACCUUGUUCUUACGGCAGGUCAAUCGGACAGAAAUUUGAACUUGGUGGGGGCACAGAUGGAUGCACCAGAGACAAACAAGAAGUUGAGUAGCAAGCAAAAGAAGAAGAUGGAGUCGAGAAAAGACUACAUCAACAGAAAGAAGGAGACAAUGAGACGUAGGGGCCGCAAGGUUGCUCACGACUCGAAGUUCACGGCCAGACAGAGAAGACCACGUUUCUAG